CUCACGAUUUUACCAUUCAAGACAAAACCCUGAACCUUUAUCUUUUUCCACAGAGCACAUGCUAUAGAAAGGCACUGUAAAAAAAAAAAAAAAACAUGUUUUAUUACCCAAAUGUCCUUAAGCGCAACACUGGAUGUUUUUCCACAGUUUGGUUAGCUGCUACAAGAGGUAUCAGGGUGAGUCGGAGAGAGCUGCUCAGAGUCAAUGUCAGGAGAACAUGUGGGGACAUUUUGGACUAUGUGACAGCCCAGGUGCCCGCACCUCAACCCAACCUGCCGAGGCCUCGGUUCUCUCUCUACCUGUCGUCUCAGCUGCAGUAUGGAGUGGUUGUUGUGUACCACAGGCAGUGUGGCUUCCUGCUCGAGGAGGCUCAGCAGACCAUGGACCGCCUGCUGCGCUCUAAAAGAUGCAUACCUAUUGACCUGGCUGAGUCUGACAGGCUGGCCUUGGAUGUGCCUGACAACCUGUACAUGUUGGAGGAGGCAGAGGGGGCUCAGGACCCUUUCUUUGGACUCAUGAAAUUGAAACAACUGCCCAGCCCCUACAGCGUACACGUGCCAUUGUUGGUGAAUGAAGAGGCAGGGUCACAGCACUCCCUGGUGCCCAGUCCCCACAGCACAGCUGACAAAGACGGUUUCAGGUCACCUCCAGCUGCCAUCACACUGAAGGAGAAGGAGCAGUUGCAUAUCCCCGCUGCUGAGUAUUUUAUGGGUGAUGACCUUCCAGAAGCAACAGCUAGAGAGAUCGACUUAUUAUUGGAUCAACCGGACCAGUUCCGGGGAGGAUUGGAUGGGCAGUAUACAGAGGAGAGGGUCAGGGAUCUUGAAGGAGCCAUGACAUCUAUUGAUCAACUGAAGGAGACCAUGUUGGGAGCAGAGCGGGACAGUAUGUGGCUGCUAGACGAAGAGACAGGUCAGCCUGUGACGCUUCCUCUGGCAGCUGUUGCCCUAGAGAUGACCCCACCACAUGUUGCUAUGCCUACCCCACCAUCUAGGGCGCCUGGGUACAAAGGUGAAGGAGCAACAGAUAGUCCCAAUGGAGAGGUUGUUCCUCCUCUGAGGAAGCGAGGGGGAGGUCGCAGGCGCCAGCUGGUCUUCGCUGACUCUGAGGUCCAGAUAUCUGACCAAGCUAUAAAGGAACAGAUUGAAAACCCACAAGCUGAAACUCUGGACCUGUCCGAGGUUUUGCUACACCUCCCCACCUUGACCAAGCGUGCUGCUCCUGCUCAGCUCUUCACCGCCCCCUGUGGAUCCCUCCUCCACAGUGACCUCCAGUCUCUAUGGAAACAGUGUGCCUCGCUCACCAGCCUGCCUGCAUAUGGGGGAAACGAGAGAGGGGGAAAUGAAGGAGAAGAGGAGGGGAGAGAGGAGUCAGAGCAGGACAGAGAAAUACUGAGGACAGAGAGGAAGAGGAGGCACUCAAGCAUGAGAGAGGUGAUAUCCAGUGAGUCAGGACUGCAACCCGCCGACGGCUCAUCUGUAUUAGAUGCGAUCCUGGACAUGUCAAAAGAGGACAAAUCUGUGAGCGAUGUGAUCACUCCUGUCAGCAGAUUGUCCCCACAAGAGGAGGCCCGCCUUCAAAUGGAGCCAAUAGUGGAGGAGAACAUCGAGAUGCCUGAGGCUCAGAAUGAUGCAGAGAGCAGGGACAUGCUGAGCUGGAUCUCCAGCAGUCUGCAGAGGUUUGGAGAAGUCACCUUUGAUUCUCUGGUGCCCCCGGAGGUCGAUCGCACCACUGCAGCUCACUCACUCUACAAACUGCUGGAGCUGCUCUCAGCUCGACAUGUGACUGUACGACAGAAUGAACCCUACAGUGUCAUCACCAUCAACUCUGCAGCGUUCAGGAUGACCGCCUGAACACACACACACACACACACACACACACACACACACACACACACACACACACACACACACACACACACAGAGUUACUCACUUUAGUUCUGUAGAGUUCCAGUUCACAUCUUUGUAAUGAUUACUGCAGUAGAUGUACUAAUAGAUCCUCUCUUAAUAACAUGACAUCAUCAGAUCUUUACAAUUGUAUCAACAUUUAGAUAUUUUUUAUGAGUGGUGGUUAUAUAAUGGUUAAACAGCUCAGAAGAGUAAUAUAUUGAACAGCAUUCAGUAGCUUUUUAACAUUGUUUUUAAAGAAUAUUUCAAAGAUUUUUAACAUUUUUUAUCUGGUUUUAACUUGUUUGUGCUUUUGUAUUCAUAAGUAUUUAUAUCAACUGAGUUUCAAUGGUUUCCUGUUUAAUAUGAACUGUUAUCAAAGACUUAAACAUGACUGAGCUUUUACCCUCUAAAGAUCUUAAAUGAAGCUUUUUAUACAGUUUGUGACGGUUGUGACUUUUUACUUCUAUCCCUUUGAUAUCAUAUUAUAACUGAAACUCUAAUAAAUGUUUCUUGAUAAGUUUGACAGACUAUGAUGUGGAAUGAUUUGUCAAAUAGU